UUAGGCAGCAGACUCCAGCGCAGCCCCCCCGGCCAGCAGCCACUGCCGUCUGCCCACCGGGCACUACCCAUCACCUCGUCCCGUCACCUCCCAUUCACAGCACGGCGUGUCCGGUGCUCACACCCAGCGUGGCUCAAUGCCCAGCGUGUCCGUGAGCCACCAUCCGCACGCCGGGUCUCCCUCCCCUCCCUACCCCGCGCCCCUGGCUCCAGGCUCUCCACAAACUGGCUCCUCUCCCAACCGGGCUUAUUGUCCACUAUGGCCACUCUCCAGCCUCCGUGCUCGCUGCCUACCAUCCACCAUGCACCGUCCAGUGCUUCCACCAUCACUGCCCCCAUCCUUCACUGAGCAAUGUUCCCAGAAUCCCCACUAUUCACUGCCCACCAUCCACCAUGCACCCUCCAGUGCAUUCACCAUCACUGCACCCAACCUUCACUGUGCAAUGUGCCCACCAUCCACUGCUUCCACCAUCACUGCUCCCAUCCUUCACUGUGCAAUGUGCACAUAUUCCCACUAUUCACUGCCCACCACCCACCCUCCAGUGCAUUCACCAUCAAUGAUCCCAUCCUUUACUGUGCAAUGUGCCCACCAUCCACUGCCCACCAUCCAGUGUAUCCACCAUCACUGCCCCCAUCCUUCACUGUGUAAUGUGUGCUCACCAUUCUCCAUUACUCACUGCCCACCAUUGGCCAAGCCCAUCGCAGUAUGUUCGGUCUCUAGCCCCGUCAUGCACCACUCAGUGGGUCUCCCCUCCCUCACCCCUCCCUGUCCAAUUGUGUUCAGUAUCCACAGCCCAACAUCGCCGGUGUCCGCUAUGAUCCGUCCAUUCACCCCAGUCCCACAGCCUCCGCUUUUCACUCCCACUUUUCUCCUCCCUCCCGCUCUCCGCCCGGGGGAGCCUGCCAGCCAGGCAGUGUGUCGCCACAAGGGCAGGUACACGCGGGGCAUCAGGCUCCCGGAGCCGCACGAGAGGCUCCCCGGGGCGGGGGAUGGCACUUGGGGACUCGUGUCCAGCUCCCGGCUCUGCUCGGAGACGCUCGGUGGCAGGGUGACCCCGCGCGCCCGGGGCUGGGGGAAGCUGCUCGCGGGUACCUCCGGCGGGGGCACGGGACGCCAGGCAGCCCGGCGCCUCCCGCGGAGCUCGCCGGCCCCUGGCUACCCCGCCGCCCCAAGCAGGCGGGAAGGGAGCCGCCGCCGGCGUCUCGCGCAGGGGGCAAGAAAAGACCCUUGGAGGAGCCAGCACCCACCCAGUGCCCCCGAAGGAGCGCAGCGCUCGGGUCUGGGAGAGGCCCGCCGAGCCCCGCCUGGCCGGGCUGGGGGGCGCAGCGCGAGAGUCCCUUUCCGCCGGGUCAGCCGCAGCUCAUGGAGACACCCACAUAUACGCUUCCACCUACGUGAGAGCUGCGUUCAAAUGACUGAUAUGUGAAACCAUUCUGUCCAUGGCUCAUGUAUAUUUAUCUGAAAAUGUUUAAUCUUUAAUCAUCUAAAUAUACUGGCAUCAAAUGAAACAUUCAGAAGCCUAUAAUCCGUAAUUCACUUUUCACAUUUUAGUUAGAAUAGUUCCUGAUCCUGCAAAUGCUUACAUAUGUGCUUCACCUUACAUCUUCAAAUCAAUAAUGUGAUUUUUAUAGUAGGAAUGGACUAGAGCAAGAAAGUUUGGAUCUGAAUCUAGUCCACGCCAACAUUCAUGAGGUGUCUAGAUCUGGGUUUUUGGUUCAGGCCCAUCACUGCUUUGAUAUUUGAUUUAGUGUCUAAUAAUACUUUGUUGAAGAUUGCCAGCAUUUCCAUUAUAAACCCACUUCUUGAGAAGUUUAUAAUUCAGCCAUAAAAAUAUUUGCCCUGGGCUAAAUCAUGUAAUAUAAAACAUAAAUGUCCAAAUAAAAACAUGGUUUUGCCAUUUGAACAACAGUGGUACAGAACAGCUUUGAAGUUUACCCCUUUUAUGCAGUUAUAUAACUCAGAAAAAAAAUAAAUGUAAUAAAAAUGAAGUUUGGCAAGUGAUUAAUCAUGACUGUAGACAUAUUUAUAUGGUGUUAUUUUGAAAACAACAAAACAACAACAAACCAUCCAAGAUGUUUGCUCAUGACAAUGGAAGUUGUGCACUGUUACUUUAUAUUAAAGUAAUUCUAUUAGUUUUUAUUAAGUGCUAGAAACAAAUUUACACAAUAAACAGCUAUCUAGUAGUGUCUUCAUAUCUACUUUAGUCCUAGUCCAUUCUUUGUAACCUUCUCCUCUCUGGUCUUCCUGUCUCUCAUUUAGUCUCCCAUAAAGUUUGUCCAAAAUGAAGCUAUUGUGUUAUUUUCCUCUCCUGUUAGCCCCAUCAGACACUUCCUUGAAACCUCCUUUUGGCUUCCUGUCUUUUGCUGCAUUGAAUUGAAGCUCCUCAUUUUAUAGAUUAUACAUAAUCUUGCCCUCCGCUACAUCUCUCCUCUCCCACACUUUUUAACUCCUACAUGUUGUAUGCUCCCACUCAAUCUUUCACACUCAAUGCUUUUCUCGUUCCGCUUAUCUUACUUCUCCCUUCAAUAUACAGCCACAUAGUUCUGAAAGAUGCUCCCUCUUCUUCUACAGCACACAACCUCACAUUCUUCUUUUCCAGGCUGUUCUGUUCUGUUCAGGUUCUUACAUUGUGCCCAUCACUGGUACCAGAGAUCUCUCCUGAAAUCCUUCCUACAUUCCCCAACUCCUUUCUUCCCUCCAGAUAUCUGUCCACACCUUCUUUACUAAAUUAUUUUUCUGUUUCUUGACUUGGCUUUGUUAGUCUUGUUUGUAUUAGAUUAAGCAGUGGAUAUGUUAAACAUAAUAUGAAUUUAUGGCAUUAUGAAUGAUAUUUAAUAGUCAAUUAUUAAGAAUUAAUAAUAACUGAUAUACCCAAACAGGUCUCAAGUAACUAUCUCCAUUGAUCAGAGAAAUAACGUGUACCAAAUCUGCCUGUCUGAGGCUAAGGAUCUGAUCAUACUCUCAUCUAAGGCAAUGGCAAACUCUCAUUGACUUCAGUGGAGCAGGAAGAGGCCUUAGAUAAUUAACUUGUUUUAUCGACUUUUUUCCCCCCAUUUGGUUAGAAAAUGAUGUGCUAGUGUAUGUUUCAAUGAAGAUAAAUGUGCAACAUAAAAAAUAGCCAGACCAUUUAAUAUGUAAGGCUUCACUAAACUGAAGCUAUAUAAUCAUAAAAAACAAACAUGAGUA